AUGGCUGCCGGGAAAGCAGCGACCUCCUUCGACGAUAUUAUCCGGGCCGGUCGCCAAAAGAAGAAGAAUGAAGAGCUAGCCAGUCAGAUCCUAGGAAAGAACAGGAGAGCCAGCGCGCCGGGCUCCGGCGCUGCUGGGAAGAAGGCUCAGAAUGCGACACCUGGGAGUCUAGCAAGCAGGAUCGGUGUCACAAAGCGUUCUGCAUCUACCAGCUCCAAACCGAAGGCGAAACCGAAGAGUAACAAACCGGCCGUGUCCGCAGCGCCUCCUGCACCCUCGAAAGCCCCGCGAUCCAAACCCGCGAACAAACGCCGCCCAAAUGAAGAUCGUUUAAUCUCAGCUCUCAAUCCAGCGAAUGGGCAGUCGACAAUCCGGGAUAACUCCGGGGGUAUGAGUAUCAAGGGGGCGAGUUCCGGGCCGUUCAUUGUCAUUGGAAGCAACUUUGCACCUGGUACCACUGCAGCAGACAUUCAAUCAGCCUUAGAACCGGUCUGCGGCUCGGUGAUGAAUUGCUGGAUUACCUCACAAUACCCGACUGUGACUGCUGAGAUUACGUUUGCCGAGAAGUGGUCUGCUGAGAACACUGUCGCCAACUUCCACAACCAAAAGGCCGAUGGUAGGAUCCUUUCGAUGCGCUGGAAGCCAGCCGGAGCAGCGUCAGAUUACAACACCCAAACAUCUUUCGACAACCUCCGUGAACAGGCCGACCGACAACGCCGUAAUCGCCGCGCAGACCCCGCAAUCCAGGAUGGAACAUAUGGAUUCCAGGACAAUAGGCUUUAUAGUGACCAGAUGAUGGUUGAUGUUCCGACUCAACCCCUUGGGAGACGGUACCGAUAG